AUGCCUGGGUUGAAUAAGGAUGUGGUGGUUCAUAAGCUCCCACUGAAACCAGAAUGCAAACCCGUUCAACAGAAGUUGAGAAGGAUGAGACCUGAAAUGCUGCUAAAGAUAAAAGAAGAAGUCAAGAAACAAUAUGAUGCUGGCUUCUUACAAAUAAAGAUGGCUCUCGAAGAUAUGGAGAAAACUACAUUCGUGACAAUGUGGGGAACGUUUUGCUGCAAAAUGAUGCCAUUCGGAUUGAAGAAUGCUGGGGUAGUUCGAAGGCUCAGACAAUACAUGUUGUAUCAUACGACAUGGCUAAUUUCAAAGUUAGAUCCAUUAAAGUACUUGAUGGAAUCACCCGCACUCUCAAGGAGAAUGACACAAUGGCAGAUCUUAUUGUCUGAGUAUGACAUUGUGUAUGUAAGCCAAAAGUCGGUAAAGGGGAGCGCGAUAGCUAACUUCUUGGCAAGUCGAGCAAUGAAGGAAUAUGAGCCGUUGGAAUUUGAUUUUCCAGAUGAAGACUUAAUGUGCAUUUUCGAAGGUGAAUCAUCAAAAGAUCAAUCAUGGAAGAUGAGUUUUGAUGGUGUAUCGAACGCAUUGGGGCACGGGAUAGGAGCAGUUUUAGUGUCACCGGAAGGAAAUCAUUACCCGCUCACUGCCAGAUUGAAUUUCUUCUGUACUAAUAACAUAGCAAAAUAUGAAGCUUGCAUCAUGGGACUUCGUGCAGCCAUUGAACGGAAAAUAGAAACCUUAAAGGUGUAUGGGGACUCAGCGUUAGUGAUUUAUCAAAUUCGUGGAGAUUGGGAAGUGAGAGAUUCGAAAUUAGUCAAGUAUCGGGAUCUCGUGGCGGAAUUGGUCAAAGAAUUCAAAGAAGUGACUUUUCAUUACUUCCCACGAGAAGAAAACCAGUUGGCUGAUGCCCUGGCCACAUUGGCUUCAAUGUUCAAAGCAAACAGGGAAACAGAAAUAAUGCCUCUCCAAAUGAGCAUAUAUGAGGUCCCCGCACACUGUUUUAUCAUUUGGGAAGGAGUCAGAUGGACGAUCAUGGUUCCAUGA